GUCAGUUUCCCGUCGCGGUGACCCGAGCUGAAGGUGGCUGAGCACGUCUGCCUCGACAGCCGUGGCCGAAACACCCGCGGCGGGCGCCGCCAACUCAAAAGGGAGGCCAGAGCCGAUGUGACUGCAGAUCCGGGAGGUAGAGGCGGCCCGUCCCCCCGAGUCCCCCGGCCGGCGGCUGAGGGGUUAGUGGAGCCCGACGCGCCCAGUCGCUUCAGCUUCAGGGCGGCGGGACGGUAGAAACUCUUCUGACCUCACAUCUCCCUGCCCGGACUUGGAACAGUUUCCUGACCCGGUUGCGCAGGUGUUGGGAAGGGGGCGGCGUGGGAGACGCGGAGCCCCGGGGCUCCGAGAGGGGAGGCGUCUCCGCGGGGCUCCCUCGGUGGGGGCGGGAGGCUUUCCCCGGCGUGAGGGUGGGAGCGGCGGGGAGACCGCCUCCUUCAAGUUUCUUGCCCCUCCGGCAGCCCUAGGGUCCUGCCGCCACCCGCGGGACGCAUAGACCCGAACGUGGGGAUGGCCACCAGGGUCCGGACAGCGGCCAUCUGGGUCCCACCUCUCCAGGAACAAGAGAGUUCAUGCCUCAGAGCCGGAGAGCUGCAAGGUCAGGAAGCCGUCCUGGGUCAAGAGACCCCUGACCACCGGCCUCUCCCUGGAGGACCCUGGCAAAGACACAAGAAUCACAGGACAGAGCAGGUUCUAGAGUGGCUGUUUAUUUCCCAGGAGCAGCAAAAAACCACCCAGUCUCGGGGACCAUUGUCAUUCGUGGAUGUGUUUGUGGACUUUACCUGGGAAGAGUGGCGGCUGCUGGACCCCUCCCAGAAGCACCUGUACCGGAGUGUGAUGCUGGAGAACUACAGCAACCUGGUGUCCCUGGGGUAUCAAGACAGCAAACCCGACAUCAUCUUCACGUUGGAACAAGAAGAACCGUGGAUGAUGCUGGCCCAAAUCCCAAGUCAAGGCCAUCCAGAAAAAGUCGGGGAAAUUGAUCGUAUGGAAUGGCAUCAGGAAAAUCAAGGCAAGCUGGAAAGUAUGGCAAAAGGCUACGAAUGUACUACAUUUGGAAAACUGUGCCUUCUUAGUACAAAUUAUGUUUCUUCAGGACAAAACCUUCAUAAAUAUGUUACACGCGGAAUGAGUUUUAAAUAUAAUACAGAUUUCAAUAGUAAUCACGCUGGAAAGAAUGAUCCUAAUGAGUUUCAUGCAUAUAGGGAAUCAUUCCACCAUUCUAAACAUGAGCAAACUGUUAUUGGAAUAAAAUACAGUGAAAGUAAUGAAUCUGGAAAAAUUGUCAACAAGAAGUCACAACUCAUAUGCCAACAAACGUACAUAGAAGGAAAACCUUUCAAAUGCAGUUUUUGUGGGAAGACCUUCAGCAGUAAGUCCUACCUUGCAGUGCAUCAACGAACUCAUGUAGAAGAGAAACCCUACAAAUGUGAGGGAUGUGGGAAAGACUUCAGCAGCAAGUCCUACCUCACUGUCCAUCAGAGAACUCACACAGGAGAGAAACUCCAUGAGUGCAGUGACUGUGGGAAAGCCUUCAGUUUCAAUUCACAACUUGUUAUACAUCAGAGAAUCCACACAGGAGAGAGUCCCUAUGAGUGCUGCGAGUGUGGGAAAGUAUUCAGUAGGAAAGACCAGCUCGUUUCACACCAGAGAACUCAUUCAGGACAGAAACCCUAUGGUUGUAGUGAAUGUGGGAAAACUUUCGGUUUGAAGUCACAGCUCAUUAUACAUCAGAGGAUUCAUACAGGAGAGAAACCCUUUGAAUGUAGCGAAUGUCAGAAAGCUUUUAAUACAAAGUCAAACCUUAUGGUACAUCAGAGGACCCAUACAGGGGAGAAGCCCUAUGGUUGUAGUGAAUGUGGAAAAGCCUUCACUUUCAAGUCGCAGCUCAUUGUACAUCAGGGGCUUCACACAGGAGUAAAGCCCUAUGGGUGCGUCCAGUGUGGAAAAGCCUUCAGCUUGAAGUCGCAGCUCAUUGUGCAUCAGAGAAGUCACACAGGAAUGAAACCUUAUGUAUGCAGUGAAUGUGGCAAAGCCUUCAGGAGCAAGUCGUACCUCAUUAUCCAUAUGAGAACUCACACAGGCGAGAAACUCCAUGAGUGCAGUGACUGUGGGAAAGCCUUUAGUUUCAAUUCACAACUCAUUAUACAUCAGAGAAUUCACACAGGAGAGAGUCCCUAUGAGUGCCAUGAAUGUGGGAAAGCCUUCAGUCGGAAAUACCAGCUCAUUUCACACCAGAGAACCCAUGCUGGGGAGAAGCCCUAUGAAUGCAGUGACUGUGGGAAGACUUUCGGUUUGAAGUCGCAGCUCAUUAUACAUCAGAGAACUCACACGGGAGAGAAACCCUUUGAAUGCAGCGACUGUAGCAAAGCCUUUAAUACAAAGUCAAACCUUAUUGUACACCAGAGAACCCAUACAGGGGAGAAACCGUAUGGUUGUAGUGAAUGUGGAAAAGCCUUCACUUUCAAGUCGCAGCUCAUUGUACAUCAGGGAGCACACACUGGCGUAAAACCAUAUGGAUGUAAUCAGUGUGGGAAAGCCUUCAGCUUGAAGUCGCAGCUCAUUGUGCAUCAGAGAAGUCACACUGGAGUGAAACCCUAUGGAUGCAGUGAGUGUGGCAAAGCCUUCAGGAGCAAGUCAUACCUCAUUAUCCAUAUGAGGACUCACACAGGAGAGAAACCACAUGAGUGCAAUGAAUGUGGAAAAUCCUUCAGUUUCAAUUCACAGCUCAUUGUGCAUCAGAGAAUCCACACAGGGGAAAAUCCCUAUGAAUGCAGCGAGUGUGGAAAAGCCUUCAACAGGAAAGAUCAGCUCAUUUCCCAUCAGCGAACUCAUGCAGGGGAAAAACCUUACGGAUGCAGUGACUGUGGGAAAGCCUUUAGUAGCAAGUCCUAUCUCAUUAUACACAUGCGAACUCAUUCAGGAGAGAAACCAUAUGAAUGUAACAAAUGUGGGAAGGCGUUCAUUUGGAAGUCACUACUCAUUGUACAUGAGCGAACUCACGCAGGGGAAAGCCCUUAUAAAUGUAGCCAGUGUGAGAAAUCCUUCAGUGGAAAGUUACGGCUCAUUGUACAUCAGAGAAUGCACACAAGAGAGAAACCCUAUGAAUGCAGUGAAUGUGAGAAGGCUUUCAUUAGGAAAUCUCAGCUCAUUGUACAUCAGAGAACUCAUUCAGGGGAGAAGCCCUAUGGAUGCGAUGAAUGUGGGAAAACCUUCUCUCAGAAGUCUAUCCUCAGUGCGCAUCAGAGGACUCACACGGGAGAGAAACCCUGUAAAUGCACUGAAUGUGGAAAAGCCUUUUGUUGGAAGUCACAGCUCAUUAUGCAUCAGAGAACUCAUGUAGACGAAAAACAUGUUGAUGAGUUAAAUGUAAGAAAUUUUCUUCCGAAAGUCAACUCAUAGGAAAUACCAGCAAAUUCAUAUAGAAGAGAAACUCCGUGAGAUCAUCUCAUUGUACACCAGGAAACUAAUACUGAAUAGAAACCUGUGAAUGCACUGCAUGGACAGGGACACCCACAGAAAGCUGCUUUUUACACAUACCCUCCCCACCCCACCCCCAGUAAAUGCACACAGGAAUGUUAUGAAAGUGAACCCCGUGGAAGUUUUCAGCAGCAAGUCAUACCUUUUUUUUAAAAAAGAUUUUAUU